UCAAUAUUGGCAUUUUUAAUGCAAACAUUUUUACUAUUUUUACAAAAUGGAUUUGGAAAAUAAAAAACCCGAUGAUAUUCAACAGCUACCGGUUUUAAGUCCAGACCAUCCACUUUUAGAAAAGUUUCAAAAAGCUUUAAAAAACCAUUUGUUGGCGCAAAUCGACAGCCUAAAAGGGGAGAUUUUUGAAUAUGAAGUCUCAACGGCAAAAAAGAACGAAGAAAAGGAGCACAUCGGGGUUAAGUCCUACGAAGCCCAACAAGUGUUGUGCAAACAACAAAAAGUCUUGGAGGAGAGCGUUGAAAGUCUCGAAGAAAUGACUGCUGCAAGGGAGGCCAUGGAGGAGACGCUUAAGGAGGAAAAAGCCAAAAACAAAGAGGCCCGAGACAAGUUGAUGCAAGCCGAAAAAAGAAGCGCUGAGUUACGAACGGAAGUGGAAGCGACCAAUUUGUUGAUUCAUCAAAUGAGCGAAUGGGAAAACAAAAUCGAAUCGAAUAUAACUGUCAAUCAACGCAUCGCAGAAAAAACAAGGAAACAAAAUACUUUGCUUGCUAAAGAAAAAGUAAAACAGGACGCCAUAAUAUACAAAGUGAUGAAAGAAAUAUGGCGCCUGGAAUCGGAUCUGGAGACCAUGGACAUGCAGCUGCGCGUCAAAGAGACCGAACGCGAAGAGAUGGCGCUGACGGUCGCGCAGGGCAACACGAACAUCGAGGCGAUCCAGGCCGAGCACCGCUGCCUCAUGCACUCGUGGAACUCCGUCGUUGUCGCCGUCGGCAACCGCGACAAAGUGCUGAACUGCCUCAGAGAAGAAGAAGGGAAAUUGGAACUGAAGUACAAGGCGGUGCUGAGCGAGAUCGACAAGGUCAAGAAGCUGAUCAAGAACGAGCACGUCGAGAACGAGAAACACACGUACGACAAGCACAGAAUAACGUGCGAAAUAAACGGUUACAAGAGCAAAACGGAAGAGGAACUGCUCAAAUAUCAAGGUUAUGACGUGCAAAUCGACGAGCUGAACGAAACGAUCGAUCAAAUAUCCAAAGACAUCGAGGAUGUCGUAACCGAAAAAAAACACAAAGAAGCUGCUAUACAAGUGGUCAGCAAAGAAAUCGACCAACUACUGAUAAAAAUACAAAAUAAAGAGCAAGAUAUCGUCAAAAUGCUCGACGUGUUAGUUUUGAAUGACAAAGCUGCGCAACAUGUCAACCAGAUGAUCAAAGAUCAGAAAAAAGUCAAUAGGGUAGCGGAGCUCAAGCUUGCGGAUAUAGACAACAAAAAUAUAAACCUCGUAUCUCAAAUAGAUAAGUUGAGAUUUUCUUCGGAAAGCCAAAGCGAAAAAUACGAAAAAGUUUUAGAGAAAAGCAAAAAACUGGAAGCUGAAGAGAACGAAAUCCAAUCGAAAAUCUCCCAUUUGGACAUCGAAAUACGGAAAAAAGUCGGCCAGUUGGAACUCCUGACCAACAAGCUGGAAAAAACUUUCGGCACUCAGGACCAAUUGAAGGGGUCGCCGCAAGAUUUGCGAAUAGUCGCCUUGGAAAAAAGUGUCGACGAAACCAUGGAAACCAUCAAAGAACUGCAAUCCUAUUGGCUGAGGGAGCAGAAGAACCUGCUGUCGAUGUCAAGAGAACGGCAAGAGCAAAUGCACGACAAAAACUUGCUCAAAAAACAAAUCCUUAUAACCGAGCAGAAAAACUUCAAAAUCACCGACGAUAUAGAGAGAACGAAAUUGGAACUGGAAAAAAUCGAGAGAAACAUCAGAAAACUGCAAAGUAAAGUCGUCAUUCUAUGCGACUCUCUAUUUAAGAAAAAGGACAAAAAAACCGACCUGGAUCACACCAACGACAUCCUAAAAAAUCACUACGACGUCCGACUACGGGACUCCGAGCUCGAAUGUCUCCGCAUAGAAGCGGAAACCAUGGAAAUCGAGAACGAAAAAGUCAAUUUGAGCAAGGAGUUGGUCGAUGUGAACCGGGAAAUUUUGGAGUGGGAAAAAAAGUUGAUCAUGACCAAAGAAACGAAAGAUAACAUGAAGGAAUCGCAAUCGGAUGGCGGUGAAGUGGGGCAGAUGAAGGCCGAAUUGCACCGCAUGCAGGUAAGGUAUGCACAAUUAAGGAAAGCACAGGAAAAAUUGGUUAUAGAUAUGGAACAGUGUAUUACCAGACGCAGUGCGAUUUUUCAACUGUCUGAUUCCAUAGAAAAAAGAUCUGGACAGAAUAAAACGAGAAUAAACUAUACGAAAAAAUCUGAUGACAUACGGAAUAAAAUUAAAAAGAUUGAAAAUGCAAUGCAAGACUUCGAAGAAAAAUCCAAACAACUGGACGAUAAUAUUGAAGAAGUAAAACAACAGACUGAAGAAGUGGAAAAUGAGGUCGAAGAAAUAAAAACCGAGUGUCAACGUUUUCAAGAGUUGACGGAAAACGUCAAAACUGACAGACAGCUAAAGUUCGAACUGCUGCUUGCAAAACAAAAGAAGGUCAGCAUGCUGACCGAGCUGUCAAAAGGUAGGCAACCCUACACGAUUUACAGGACGGAAAAACACCUGACGAGCGAGUACGGAAAGCAAAAAGAUCUGAACAACAAGCUGGGAAAAGUCGUGGAAAAUCUGACCAGCGAUUUUCCCGAUUACGGGCAUGUUUUUACAAGGCUGUUCAAUACGUUGAGACUGUAUGGCGACCCUUGCACUACCAAGGAAAACUUGACGGGCGUGUGCAGGGAAAUGCGCAUGUGCCCCACAGGUUUAGAGCAACUGCGAAAGUACCAAAAACACAGCCUGCGCAGGUGCGGCUUCAAGGGGGUAGAAGAGGUGGUGUGUUGCCCUGAUGUCGACACAAACAGAGAGCCUGCGAUAGAUGAUAACGACGAAAACAAGGACAAGGGACAACGCACGCAAACUAGAGCGAAGAGCAGGGCGAGAAAAAGUGUGACAGGAUAUCACAGCGUGAUAAAAAAAUCACGUUGUGAUAUCAUCAUGACUUCACCAGGAAAUCCCGAUUGUUGUCCGGGUACCUAUGGAAAGAUUCUGUUUUGUCAAUUUACCUUUGACAUUCUGAAUUGUGUUUUUGACAUUCGACACAAAACCCUUUCAGCUUGCGAGCAGUACAUGCAGAAGACGGAGGCCAGGCUGUCGUGGCACAUAAUAAACGGCGUGGACGCGGAAGCGGGGGAGUACCCGCACAUGGCGGCCGUCGGCUACCCCUCGGACGAGGGCGACGCGGUUAACUGGAACUGCGGGGGCUCGCUGAUAGCCCCGCGGUUCGUCCUGACGGCCGCGCACUGCGUGGUGACCAACAACGGCGAGCCGAAGAAGGUGAGGUUGGGGGAGAACGACCUCACGGACGAGGGUAGCGAGCACAAGCAGGACUUCGACAUCGUCGACACGCUCGUGCACCCUCAGUACGUGAUAAGGGCGCGAAGGAACGACAUCGCCGUGUUGAAGUUGGACAGGGAGGCUCGUAUCACCAAGUACGUGGAGCCUGCGUGUCUGUACACUGAAAACGACGACCCCAUAGGGCUCACCAUUACCGGAUGGGGAGUUAUAAAUACAAACAUGGCGAACAGUUGGAAAGCUCUACAAAAAGCUUCAAUUUUGCCGUCAAAUUUGACAACCUGCACUCAGUUAUACAAAAGUAGAGUAAACAAAGACAUAACGAGAAAACAAUUGUGCGCGGCAGAUCCUAGCACCACGAAAACAACAGACACAUGCCAAGGGGAUUCUGGGGGCCCCCUGCAAGUCCAAAACCUCAAAGACUCCAGUCUCUUCUCCAUCGUGGGAGUGACUUCUUACGGAAUGGGGUGCGGAUCGAACCACCCCAGCAUUUAUACCCGCGUAUCGGCCUACCUAGAUUUCAUCGAAGACUACGUCUGGCCAGAUUAACAACAAUAAUUAUAAUUUAAUGCCAUGAUCUAAAUUUUAUUUAUUUAUCGUCCCAGUGAACUGUUUUUAAUAAUCUAAGGUUAUCGCACGGAGUGCGAUUGUAUAUAAACCAAAAACAUUUACAAAUUGUUGACUUGUUAAGCAAUAAAAGCAUUGAAAAUAGAA